GCAGCAGAGGCGUUUCUGGAGGCGCGGAGGGCGGAGGGGCAGGAGGGGGGGCACUUAGCGUCGUGGAAUGGCGCAGUGGGGCGCGCACAGAUGGAGUGGCUGCGACAGGAGCUGAGACACGCGGAGGAGCAUGGAGAGAGGGUGGUGGUGGCACUGCAUCACCCCAUCGCAGUGGGGUCAGCUCCCGAUGACCUGCUAGCAUGGAACCACCAAGAGAUCUGUGACGUGCUGGUCAACUCUCCUCCAGUCGCCCUCGUGCUAGCAGGCCACUACCACCCAGGCGGCUACGUGUGCAUGCGCGGCAAGCACUUUCUCACGCUCGAAGCAAUUCUGGAGGCCCCAGAGGGCUCAGAGGCACACGGGAUCAUGGACAUGUAUGGUGACCGCAUCGAGCUGCGCGGCUGUGGGUUUGUCAAGUCGAGAGUGUUUCGGUUGGACCAGAAGGGGGAUGGGAGAGAUGGGGUAGAGAAUGCCUCAGAAGAUGACAGCAAGGUGGUAGCUGAUACAGUUAAGGAUGUGGCAUGA